AUGACAGACUUGAACGCCUCAAUGAGACGAAUCGAUCUCUUCUGCAAGCUCCUAGCACCAGUGUUCAUCUCCCUGAUUGACAGCAUCUCAACCCGAUACGCAAUCUGGACAGUAUUCACCCUGAAUACUGCAUCUGUGCUAGUCGAAUAUAUGGCCAUUGCCCAGGUCUACCAAUCAGUCCCAGCCUUGACGAAGACACAAACUUCUGUAACACAAGCAGAUGACAUAAAUAGCGAGACCGCCGAUGGCCCCCAUCCCAAUCCAUCUCGCAAGAUCCUUCACUCCUUGCCAGAGUCACUAGCUCCUUGGAAAGAGUACAUAGCCAGCCCAGUCUUCCUAGCAUCCUUCGCCUUGAGCCUACUCUACCUAACAGUCCUAUCCUUCGGCGCAACAAUGGUUACAUACCUGCUGCACACGGGCUUUACCUCGUUACAGGUCAGCUACAUGCGCAUCGGCGCCGUGGCCGCCGAGAUAUCCGGCACAUGGACAGCGCCUCUGAUCAUGAACCGGAUUGGUCCGAUUCGGUCUGGGCUAUGGUUCCUCAACUGGCAAUUUGUCUGUGUAGCUGGUACUGCCGUGGCUUUCGUUGCUUGGGAUUCGAGCUCGCGGGCCGUGGCGGGUACGUUGAUUGCGGGCGUUGCUUUGAGUCGGGUUGGGCUUUGGGGAUUUGAUUUAUCUGUUCAGUUUCUCGUGCAGGAGAAUGUUCAGGAACAUGCCCGUGCCCGCUUCUCUGCGACUGAAAUGGCGCUGCAGAAUGUUUUCGAGAUGCUUUCUUUUGCUUCGACCAUUGCUUUCCCACUGCCGGCGCAGUUCGAGUAUCCCGUGCUGAUCAGUUCUGGGGCUGUGGCGGUGGCUGCUGUUUGUUUUGCGGCGUAUGUGCGCAAGGAGCGAGGGCAUCUACUGCAUCGAUCACGGUGUAUGGGUGGGGAUAAAGUGAUAUACCGAGCGAUUGAGUCUGGGUCGGUUUAG